UAUUGUUACGUCCACACGUUGUGUCGAAUCGAAGUGUUGCACCAGACAGUGAAUAUUAAUUUCAGGGUUAGCCAACACACCAUUUUGAAUCUGUGCUCAAAAGCCAGCUAGCUAGCUUACAUUAGCAUUUACAGUGUGCUAGUAGUGCUGCUAGAGAGAAGAAAUCAAGCUCCAGCAAUGUCAAUGUGGAAGGGACUGCACAUGACAGCGCGUGCCGCUCAUGGAAUUCAUGUUUCCUCGCGACUCUGCACCCGAAACAUCAGCACUAGUAGACCCGUGCAAAAUGAUUUCUUCAAAGAUCUCGAGAACCAGUUCAAAGCGUUCAGGGAGAAAGCGGCAGACGCCAUGCCUGGCAGUGACUGGACUCCGUUUGAGAAGAACUCCUCACUCCCCCCUGAGAGGGCGGACAUCGUGAUCGUAGGAGGUGGCGUGGUGGGCUGGUCCAUUGCCUAUUGGCUGAAGCAGAAAGAGAUGAUUCGGGACGGGGUGCGGGUGCUGGUGGUUGAGAGGGACCCCACUUACUCCCAGGCCUCCACAGUGCUGUCUGCUGGGGGGAUUCGACAGCAGUUCUCCUUGCCAGAGAACAUCCACCUGUCCAUGGCCUCGGCUGACUUCAUGAGGAACAUCAAUGAACACUUGAGUGUGCUGAAUGACGACCCCGUGGACCUGCAGUUUAACCACUCCGGAUAUCUUUUUCUGGCCAGUGAAAAAGUGGCUCAUAUCAUGGAAGAAAACUACAGCACCCAAAGGUAUGCUGGAGCAAAAGUCUCUCUUCUUUCACCUACACAACUAAAGGAGAAAUGUCCAUGGAUCAACACUGAUGGAGUAGUGCUGGCUUCAUAUGGGCUGGAGAACGAGGGCUGGUUCGACCCCUGGAUGCUGUUGAACGCUUUCAGACGGAAGGCCAUCUCCAUGGGGGUCUACCAGUGCUUUGGAGAAGUCACAGGUUUUAGUUACACCACAAACACAAUGACUACUGCAGAAGGAGACCAGGUGGAUUUCAGGAGAAUCAAAUAUGCUAAUGUCCAGAUGCCCAACAGUCUGGAGUACCAGCCUGUGGAGUGUGCCAUCGUGGUGAACGCUGCAGGGGCCCUCUCCGGUAAGGUGGCAGAGAUGAUGGGCAUCGGGCUCGGCCCGAAAGACACCAUCGCUGGAAUCCCGCUACCCGUGGAGCCCAGGAAAAGGUUCAUCUAUGUGGUCCACUGUCCAAACGGGCCAGGGCUGGACACUCCCUUCCUCGUAGACUACUCUGGAGUGUACUUCAGACGAGAGGGGCUGGGAGGAAACUACAUUGCUGGGAUGUCACCAGAAGAGGAAGAGGAGCCAGAGACCAAUAACCUGGAGGUGGACCACCAGUUCUUCCAGAACAUCUGGCCUCAUUUGGCCCACCGGGUCCCUGCCUUUGAGUGCCUCAAGGUGAAGAGCGCAUGGGCCGGCUUCUACGACUACAACACCUUUGACCAGAACGGCAUCGUGGGCAUGCACCCGCUGGUCAACAACAUGUUCUUUGCCACAGGCUUCAGUGGGCACGGGCUGCAGCACUCGCCGGCAGUAGGUCGCGCCAUGGCCGAACUCAUCCUGGACGGGGGCUUCAAGACCCUGGACCUGAGCGCCUUCAGCUUCAAACGCAUCAUGACCAAGGAACCCAUAUUAGAGAGGAACAUUGUCUGAGAGGGAGAGUCUGACAUUUUUACGAAGGGAGGAAAGAGGAAUGCCUUGUCGCAUUCUACAGUCUUGUGGGAAAUAUGGUCUCGAAAUAAGAGUUUGCCAAAGUUUCUGGUAAGGUGAAUGGUGUCCUAUUAAUUUCUUCACUAAAGUGCAUGAGGGAGUAAUUGCACAUUUCACAAGCUCAAUUCUGUGGUCUACCGGUGAGACCACAUGGCAGCGGCCUCAGCCAAAGUGCUUUGCACUUAAACACAGUCACCCAUUGCUUGGGAGUGCAAGGGGAACGCAAGACUGAAUGGGAAAAAAUGGAAUGCGUCAGAAAUGCAUCUCAGGAACGAGUGAGGGACUUUGUGGGAUGAGGAAGAGAAGAGGGUAGAAGAAAGAGCCUUGACAGCAAACAUGGACUUCUGAAGUAAGCAUGGAAUUUAGGAUGCCCAAUAUCUAACCUACUGUACAAAGAAUAAGGUACUGACAUACAAUGCGUUAGCACAAUUAGAAAGGCUUUUAGUUGGAUGUUGGAGUAAUUUCCAUUCCUCCGAUGGUAAAUCUGUAUUGAAUGGCUUGAUUAUGCAUCUUUUUUAUUUUAUUUAACCAUUUAACCUAGACAUGUCACUUUACUCUUGAUCACGUAAGCAUUCAACUGUAUUUGUAUAAGAAAAAGUGAAGUUGGAAGUUUACAUACACCGUAGCCAAAUACAUUUAAACUCAGUUUCACAAUUCCUGACAUUUAAUCCUCACUUUAUUCACCACUUUAUUUUAAGAAUGUGAACUGUCAGAAUAAUAGGAGAGUGACUUACUUCAGCUUUUAUUUCUUUCAUCACAUUCCCAGUGGGUCAGAAGUUUACUGAAUUAGUAUUUGGUAGCGUUUCCUUUUAAAUUUGGGUCAAACAUUUUGGAUAGCCUUCCACAAUAAGUUGGGUAAAUUUUGUCCCAUUCCUCCUGACAGAGGACAUGCUUUUUCAGUUCUGCCCACAAAUUUUCUAUAGGAUUGAGGUCAGGGCUUUGUGAUGGCCACUCCAAUACCUUGACUUUGUUGUCCUUAAGCCAUUUUGCCACAACUUUGGAAGUAGGCUUGGGGUCAUUGUCCAUUUGGAAGACCCAUUUGCGACCAAGCUUUAACUUCCUGACUGAUGUCUUGAGAUGUUGCUUCAAUAUAUCCACAUAAUUUUCCUUUCCUCAUGAUGCCAUCUAUUUUCUGAAGUGCACCAGUCCCUCAUGCAGCAAAGCACCCCCACAACAUGAUGCUGCCACCCCUGUGCUUCACAGUUGGGAUGGUGUUCUUCGGCUUGCAAGCAUCCCCCUUUUUCCUCCAAACAUAACGAUGGUUAUUAUGGCUAAACAGUUAUAUUUUUGUUUCAUCAGACCAGAGGACAUUUCUCCCAAAAAUAUGUUCUUUGUCCCCAUGUGCAGUUGCAAACCGUAAUCUGGAUUUUUUUAUGACGGUUUUGGAGCAGUGGCUUCUUCCUUGCUGAGCGGCCAUACAGGUUAUGUCGAUAUAGGACUGGUUUUACUGUGGAUAUAGAUAAUUCUGUACCUGUUUCCUCUAGCAUCUUCACAAGGUCCUUUGCUGUUGUUUUGGGAUUGAUUUGCGCUUUUUGGCACCAAACUACAUUAAUCUCUAGGAGACCGAACGCGUCUCCUUCCUGAGCGGUAUGACGGCUGCGUGGUCCCAUGGUGUUUAUACUUGCGUACUAUUGUUUGUACAGAUGAACGUGAUACCUUCAGGCAUUUGGAAAUUGCUCCCAAGGAUGAACCAGGCUUGUGGAGGUCUCCCCCAAAAAAUCUGAGGUCUUUGCUGAUUUCCCAUGAUAUCAAGCAAAGAGGCACUGAGAUUGACGGUAGGCCUUGAAAUACAUCCACAGGUACACCUUCAAUUAACGCAAAUUAUGUAAAUUAGCCUAUCAGAAGCUUCUAAAGCCAUGACAUAAUUUUCUGGAAUUUUCCAAGAUGUUUAAAGGCACAGGCACCUUAGUGUAUGUAAACUUCUGACCCACUGGAAUUGUAAUACAAUGAAAUAAUCUAAACAAUUAGUCUAAACAAUUGUUAGGAAAAUUACUUGUCAUGCAAAGUAGAUGUCCUAACCGACUUGCCAAAACUAUAGUUUGUUCACAAGAAAUUUGUGGAGCGGUUGAAAAAUCAGUUUUAGAGACUCCAACAUAAGUAUGUAAACUUCCUACUUCAACUGUACAUGUGAUGCAGUAAAGAUGUCAAUCAAUCUAAUCCAAACGUCUUUACCGCAUCGCAUGUGUUUGUAUAAAAAAAGUUAACAAUUGUGAUCAAUAGUAAAAUGAACUAGUUUAGAAACCCAUGGCUUCAAUUUCAAAAUCUAUGUUCAAUGGCACAUCAAUUUACCUCAUUGCCGCCCACCAAAAUUAGCCUACAUUUAGGCUAUUGUUUUGUAUUUCACACUGUUGGGGUAAAAAUGUGUAAUGCUUGUAUAGAUGUCAACCCCAGUUCAUGUUAUCGUCACCAAUCAACUGCAUUACAGUUAAACAACUACCACCCCCGA